AUGCGCUUUCAUUGUGACAUGUACGAUGCGGUGCCGAAACCCAUAGUGCUCUUCUUCCUCUACCUCGGCUACCUUAGGUUCUCCGCCUUAGUGGUUCUCCAUUUCCUUGGCCUUUACUCUUCGUCCGAGCCGAUCAUCUACCCGUGGGAAGAGCAUGAGUUUUACUUCCUCGACGACAACGAUGCCGCUGCCCGAGACUCACCGCCGAUGUCGAAGCUUGUGCCGGCCAGCCCUCUCCAGAUCAAGAGGCAGCUGAGAGUGGUGGAAUUCGGCAGCCUAGGAUGGAGGAGCCACGUGGACGAGGACAAUGAACCCACGUGUGUCAUUUGCCUAGGCAACUUGGCGGCGCAGGACAAGGUCCGGAAGCUCGCGAACUGUACCCAUGGCUUCCACGUGGAGUGCAUCGAUAGGUGGGUCGAUGCGGGUCAGGCGAGGUGCCCUCUGUGCCGGGCAGACCUGCUGCCCGCAAAGGAGGAUGACAAGUGGCGAAGCUUCCUCGGCCGUCAAAGGUAG